CUCUCCCUGCCCGUUCUAUAGAGUCGUCUCUGUGCACACACCAGUAAACACACACACACCAGUAGGGAGAGAGAGAGAGAGAGAGAGACAGAGGCUCAUUACACAAGAAUAAGUUUGCAUUGAAGAGACAAGCACACAGCUCUGGUCCUUCCUGACCCAUCCUCAUCCUCAUCGCGGAGCAGUAGAGUCGUACUGAACGACACCGGGAAGGCACCUGGACUGUCUGGACGGCUCACACCCAAACUUGGGAUUUAUAAGAAACCGGGAGAGAGAAGAGAGAAAGCCCGCAGGAUCGGUGCCGGGGUGACCGAGGCAUUAAAAAUGCAUCACCACCACGGAAUAUUCAUGCUCGCCCUCCUGGCAUUCCUAUUGGUGCUCACAGUUCUCGGAACAGACACGGCAAAGAAAGACAAGCAAGAGAAAAAGGCCAAGAAGUCGGACUGCGGAGAAUGGCAGUGGAGCGUCUGUGUCGCCUCCAGCGGCGACUGUGGUAUGGGGAUGCGGGAGGGCACGCGGUCAGGGAAGGAAUGUAAACAGAACGCGAAAACCCAGAAGUGUAAAAUCCCGUGUAACUGGAAGAAGCAAUUUGGAGCGGAGUGUAAGUACCAGUUCCAGGAGUGGGGAGAGUGCGACCCAGAAACCGGGGUAAAGACACGGAGCGGAAUCCUUAAGAGAGCCCUCCACAACGCGGAGUGCCAGAAAACUGUCACCCUUUCCAAGCCGUGUGGAAAGAUCACCAAACUACCGAAGUCUCAAGAAUCAAAAAAGAAGAAAAAGGAGGUGAAGAAGCAAGACAAGAUGGUAGACUGAUAGACAAGAGGAAGCCCAGAAAAGGACACACGACCUCUGGGGGGCGCACCUGAGCCAACUGCAAAGUGGCUUAACAAACUGUCUACCUGUAGUAGAGGAAGGGAGGAGGGGAACAUACUCUGUACAAUUUAGUCUAUUACUCGGUGGUGGGAGAAAUUUCUUUUAAACCAUAACACUUUGCUAGGGAAUGUUUAUUAGAUGUGUGUAUAUAGAGGAAAAGGGGCUUAGACCUUUUUUUGUUUGUUUUGUAGGUGGGCUUGGGGUAUAUAUUAUUACCUUAUUAUUUCUAUUAAAACUACGUCCCAGGCAAGCAAGCAGUGUCCUGUUAGCGGCCACGGAACUACACAUCCCAGCAUGCCCUUAGGGUAUAC